AUGAGUUCUAGCUCGAAGAGAAUAAAAAACGUAUCCAUUGCGGUUCCAGUACUUUAUGGAAAUCACUCUGUUCGUCUUGCUCCCGAAAAACGAACAGAAAAAACUCCACCAGAUCAUACACAUGAGUGGACAAUUUUUUUUAAACCAGUUCUUGAUAACAUAGAUUUAACCCCAUUAAUCAAAAAAGUUACAUUCAAGCUACAUGAAACGUAUGACACACCGGUACGAUCGAUCGAAAAGCCUCCAUAUCAAGUUACAGAGACCGGGUGGGGGGAGUUUGAAAUAAUAAUAAAAUUGCAUUUCCACUCGGGAGCAGAAUUGGGAAUUAACGAAAAGAACUUCCAGAUAUUCCAUGGUCUUAAAUUACACCCUUUCAAUCCCCAACAUCCACCAAAAGAGAAUGGCGAAGUGCAUUCUGUCUUAUAUGAUGAACUAGUUUUCCAAGAACCUACUGAAAAAGUUUUCGAGAUAUUGACGCAAAAGCCACUGAAUUUAUUGCCAUAUAAGCUAUCAGAUGAAUCCAAGCGAGACCAAGAAUACGUGAGGCCUGACGAAAUUGACGAGUUGGCCAGGUUGGAUGUGUAUAUUAAUAAGGUAAGAGAAGAAAUCGAGAACCAAAGGGACCAAUAUAAGGAUUUGGAACAAGAAAGACUAGCACUAUUGCAAUAG